GUCCAGCGCCGCGUGCGCCCCUGGCACUGCCAGUGCGCGCGGAGCCAGCUCAUCGGCCCUGGCUGGCCAGGGGCUCUAUGGGGCUCCGUGAGAGCCCCCUCGCAACGUGGAGCGAGGGGCCUGGGGAGCUGCCAUGCUGCAGGACCCUUCGCAGGGGCCGCUGGGGGUCCCUUCGCUGAGCGUUCUGUUCCUCUGCAGACUCGCGGCCAGCAUGGCCCCCACGCUGGAGCAGGCGUACCGGAGGCGCUGGUGGAUGGCCUGCACCGCCGUGCUGGAGAACCUCUUCUUCUCCGCGGUGCUGCUGGGCUGGGGCUCCCUGCUGAUCAUACUCAAGAAGGAGGGCUUCUAUUCUAGCCUGUGCCAAGCUGCAAACACCACUGCCAUCGCCUACAGCAGCCAGGGUGAGCCGCCCAGCAGGUGGCCCAGCUGUGACUGGCAGGAUGAAAUGCUCAACCUCGGCUUCACCAUUGGCUCCUUUGUGCUCAGUGCCACCACCUUGCCCUUGGGCAUCCUCAUGGACCGCUUCGGCCCCCGGCCCCUGCGGCUGCUUGGCAGUGCUUGCUUCGCUGCAUCCUGCACCCUCAUGGCCCUGGCCUCUCGGGACCCUGAAGUCCUGUCUCCGCUGAUAUUCCUGGCGCUGUCCCUGAAUGGUUUUGGUGGCAUCUGCCUCACGUUCACUUCGCUCACCUUGCCCAACAUGUUUGGGAACAUGCGCUCCACCUUCAUGGCCCUCAUGAUCGGCUCCUACGCCUCUUCGGCCAUCACCUUCCCCGGCAUCAAGUUGAUCUACGAUGCUGGGGUGUCCUUCGUGGUCAUCAUGUUUACCUGGUCUGGACUGGCCUGUCUCAUCUUUCUGAACUGUGCCCUCAACUGGCCCGUUGAAGCCUUUCCUGAUCCUGAGGAAGUUAAUUACACGAAGAAGAGCAUGCUCAGUGGGCUGGCCUUGGACCACAAAGUGACUGGUGACCGCUUCUACACCCACGUGACCAUCGUGGGCCAGAGGCUGAGCCAGAAGGCCCCCAGCCUGGAGGAAGGGGCAGACAUCUUCGUCUCCUCCCAGGACGUGCGCAGCACAUCGGAGAGCCCUCCUGAGAAAUCUGUCCCCUUCCGCAAGAGCCUCUGUUCCCCCAUUUUCCUGUGGAGCCUGCUCACCAUGGGCAUGACGCAGCUGCGGGUCAUCUUCUACAUGGCCGCCAUGAAUAAGAUGCUGGAGUAUCUCGUAACAGGUGGCCCGGAGCAUGAGACUAGAGAGCUGAGACAAGAGGCAGCAGAGACAGUUGGGUUCUACUCCUCCGUCUUUGGGGCCAUGCAGCUCUUGUGCCUCCUCACCUCCCCCCUCAUUGGCUACAUCAUGGACUGGCGGAUGAAGGACUGCGUGGACGUCCCGACGGAGGGCCCUGCCCUCGGAGACACCAGGGAUGAGCUCACCACCAAGUCCCCCAGGCCACGCUACCGCAAGAUCCAGAAGCUCACCAACGCCAUCAACGCCUUCACCCUGACCAACUGCCUGCUUGUGGGCUUUGGUAUCACCUGUCUCAUCCACAACCUCCAUCUCCAGUUGGUGACCUUCAUCCUGCACACCGUAGUCCGAGGUUUCUUCCACUCCGCCUGUGGAAGUCUCUAUGCUGCAGUGUUCCCAUCCAACCAUUUCGGGACGCUCACGGGCCUGCAGUCCCUCAUCAGCGCCGUGUUCGCCCUGUUCCAGCAGCUGCUCUUCAUGGCCGUAGUGGGACCCCUGAAAGGGGAUGCCUUCUGGGUGAACUUUGGCCUCCUGCUGUUCUCACUCCUGGGCUUCCUGCUGCCUUCCUACCUCUUCUACUAUCGCCACCGGCUCCAGAAGGAGUAUGCCAAUAACUGGAUGGGCACGCAGAAGAUGCUCAGCGACCCCAACAUGACUGCAUAGACCUCUGAGGCCAGGGGACCUGGAUGACAGGCAGCCAAGGCCUGACCAACCAAAGGGAAUGCCUGCCCGUGGCUUUUCUACUGUGAUGGACACAGGGAGUCAGGGAGCGUGGCUUUAUUGAUAAUGAGAGGAGUUCUAUUUUUGUAGCAACUUGCGAAAAAGAAAACAAAACAAAAUGAAACAAAACAAACAAAAAAACUAUCCAAGCAUGGCCUUGAAAACAUAUCCUCAAGCAAUGCUCCAUGGACUGAAGACUGUCAUGUGCCAGAGGCACCUGCUCCCGCGGGAGGAGGCAAGGGCAUGCACCUGCCUCUCCCGGUGCCUCCCGCUGACGGGACCAGGGAGCCAGCCGCUCUGAAGGUCCUGGCUGCAGGUGUGUGUGUGUGUGUGUGUGUGUGUGUGUUCUACCACUUUGCC